GCGAGUCAGAGUGUGCAAGAGGAGAGAGAGGAGGAGAAAGAGCGAGGGCGGGAGGGAGGCAGCGCGGCAGCGGCUGUAAUAGCAAGAGCAGCAACAGAAGGCGUCGGAGCGGGCGUCGAAGCUGCCCGCUAGGGGACAGAAAGAGAGAGGGGGGCACUGAGAGAGAGGAGAGAGAGAGAAAGCGGGCGAGCUUGGAGAGGGAGCCCGAGGGGGAAAAGUAACUGUCAAAUGCGCGGCUCCUUUAACCGGAGCGCUCAGUCCGGCUCCCAGAGUCAUGGCGACCGCAGCGUCUAACCACUACAGCCUGCUCACCUCCAGCGCCUCUAUCGUGCACGCCGAGCCUCCCGGAGGCAUGCAGCAGGGCGCGGGGGGCUACCGCGAGGCGCAGAGCCUGGUGCAGGGCGACUACGGCGCGCUGCAGAGCAACGGGCACCCGCUCAGCCACGCUCACCAGUGGAUCACGGCGCUGUCCCACGGCGGCGGCGGCGGGGGCGGCGGCGGCGGUGGAGGGGGCGGGGGCGGCGGCGGGGGCGGCGGAGACGGGUCCCCGUGGUCCACCAGCCCCCUGGGCCAGCCGGACAUCAAGCCCUCGGUGGUGGUGCAGCAAGGCGGCCGGGGCGACGAGCUGCACGGGCCGGGCGCCCUGCAGCAGCAGCACCAGCAGCAGCAACAGCAGCAGCAGCAGCAGCAACAGCAGCAGCAGCAGCAACAGCAGCAGCAGCAGCGGCCACCGCAUCUGGUGCACCACGCCGCCAACCACCACCCCGGGCCGGGGGCAUGGCGGAGUGCCGCGGCUGCAGGGCACCUUCCGCCCUCCAUGGGAGCGUCCAACGGCGGCUUGCUUUACUCGCAGCCCAGCUUCACAGUGAACGGCAUGCUGGGCGCCGGAGGGCAACCAGCUGGGCUGCACCACCACGGCCUACGGGACGCCCACGACGAGCCGCAUCACGCCGACCACCACCCGCAUCCGCACUCUCACCCGCACCAGCAGCCGCCGCCGCCACCGCCCCCACAGGGCCCCCCGGGCCACCCAGGCGCGCACCACGACCCGCACUCGGAUGAGGACACGCCGACCUCAGACGACCUGGAGCAGUUUGCCAAGCAGUUCAAGCAGAGGAGGAUCAAACUAGGAUUUACCCAAGCAGACGUGGGGCUGGCGCUGGGCACCCUGUACGGCAACGUGUUUUCCCAGACCACCAUCUGCAGGUUUGAGGCCCUGCAGCUGAGCUUCAAGAACAUGUGCAAGCUGAAGCCUUUGUUGAACAAGUGGUUGGAGGAGGCAGACUCGUCCUCGGGCAGCCCUACUAGUAUAGACAAGAUCGCAGCGCAAGGGCGCAAGCGGAAAAAACGGACCUCCAUCGAGGUGAGCGUCAAGGGGGCUCUGGAGAGCCACUUCCUCAAAUGCCCAAAGCCCUCGGCCCAGGAGAUCACCUCCCUCGCGGACAGCUUACAGCUGGAGAAGGAGGUGGUGAGAGUUUGGUUUUGUAACAGGAGACAGAAAGAGAAAAGGAUGACCCCUCCCGGAGGGACUCUGCCGGGCGCCGAGGAUGUGUACGGGGGGAGUAGGGACACGCCACCACACCACGGGGUGCAGACGCCGGUCCAGUGAACUUGAGCAGGGGAGGGGCAGAGCGCGGGGCUCCCCCCCUCCCUUUAGGUCCAGGGUCCUUGAGGACCGCUGUUCCCUAACUUCUGAUUGUUCUUUUAUUUUUAAUUAUUAUUUCCCAGUCCCUUAAAAA